AUGGCGGGGCACAAAGAAGAGGAAGCAGCAGGAGCAGCAGCAACUGCAGCAACAGAAGCAGCAGCAGCAACUGCAGCAACAGCAGCAGGAGCAGCAGCAGACUCAAGUGACGGAGUAGAGGACCACCCUCUAUUUAUGACGCGCGUCCCCACCUCAAAGGAGUUUCAGAAAAACACUCUUCUGUCUGCUUUAGCUGCACUUAUUGAUGAAGAUGAUCAGCAGCAGCAGCAGCAGCAAAGAGGCAGGGGACCCCACAGGCGACAGAGACUGAAACCUAGGUCUUGUCCUUGGGGGCUGAAGCCUCCGAAGGCCCCAGGCACAACUCCUGCUGCUGCUGCUGCUGCUGCUGGAGACGCAGCAACAAGGGAGGAGGUGAAGCCUGCAGGGGAUCUGCAGCAGCAGGAGGAAGCAAUGGAGUGCGAGGCAGCGGAAACUGCAGCAGCAGAAGAAACAGCAGCAGCAGCAGAAGCAGCAGAAGCAGAAGCAGAAGAAGCAGCAGAAGCAGCAGACCCCAAAGGGCCGCCGGUGUUGAGUUCUUUUGUUUUUUUACUUUUAUUUCCUUCACAUCUUCACUUUUCUCCUUCUGCCUUAAACAGAGAAGAUAUGGGGCUGCAGCAGCUGCAGCAGCAGCAGCAGCAGCAACUGCAGCAGCGGCAGCAGCAGCAACUGCAGCGGCAGCAGCAGCACCUGCAGCAGCAGCAGAAGCAGCAGCAGCAGGAGGGGUCCACCUGA